AUGUCGCUCUUGGGAAGAAAUACAGUUAAUGCGUUCAACUCGGACUGGUCUGUCAAGGUCAGCUACAAUACAGAUCCUGUCGCAAUCGAUGGCGAGAGCCCACGUGGAUCAUCUCAACGACGUUCUCAUCCCGCCAUUGGCCGACCCCUCCUUAGGCCUGCCAAGUUGGGAAGCUGUUUCCUCCAAGCAAUGUGCGGGGCACAGCGGACAACGGCUUCCGGUGGUGGGGCAUCUCUCAUUCCGCCUUGGUCUGCAUCCUGUCACUCAUAUAACCUUUUCAGAGCUGGUCCUUCACUCAAAUCCACGUGCCCUGACUUGACCCGAGGCUUGAACGGAGCUCUCGGUCGCUCUUGGCGAUCUCGAAUGCAACCUUUUGUUGCUGUUGUUCUCCUCAUCUUACCCCUCGUCGCCAUGUCGCCUAUGUCAAGCCUGGCCCUCAAAGCUGCUCUCCUGCUCCCUCUCGUGAGCGCCGCUUCAUGCAGCAAUGAGUCCUACACCCACAAUGGCCUCACCUGGUCCCGUGGCAUCCGGAUGAACCAGGUUCAAGUCGUAGGCACGCACAACUCGUACCAUCGCGAGGCCCCGCUUGAGGAGCACCCAACCCAGGCGAAGAUGCUUCCCAACGUCCAGAACUACUACUACUCCCACCCAUCCCUUGAUAUACAGCUCAACUACCAGUCCAUCCGCAACCUUGAGCUCGACAUCUUUGCCGACCCUGAGGGAGGCCACUACGCCACGCCCCUCAUCCGCAAGCUUGCGAACCUCUCCACGACUCCAGACCCCGAUCUCCUCGCUCCAGGAAUCAAAGUCCUCCAUGUCGCCGACGCAGACUAUCACCCUACCUGCAAGACAUUCAUCGGGUGCUUGAGUAUCGUCAAGAAGUGGAGCCAGGCGCACCCGGACCAUGUCCCCAUCCCCUUCAUGAUCGAGUUCAAGACCUCCGAAGCCGCCUUCGCAGCAAUCGGCGGUGCGUCUCAGAUCUCCUGGAACGAUACGGCACUUCUCAAGGGCCUCGAUGAUGAGAUCCGUAGUGUCUUUGCGCCCGGGGACCUUGUUACCCCGGACGACAUCCGUAGGGGCAACUUGACGCUGGAGCAGUCUGUCUUGCAGUAUGGGUGGCCUGACUUGGAGAGUGCCCGUGGUCGUGUGCUGUUCUUGAUGGACAACGGACCCGUCAACCCAAUUCGUGACUCUUACACCGAGGGCCGACCUAACCUUGAAGGCCGUAUUCUCUUCACAAACUCCGCGCCCGGAAACUCUGACUGCGCGUUCCAAAAGCUCAAUGACCCCACUGGCACCGAGCAGGCCAAUAUCCAGGCGCAGGUCAAGGCGGGCUACUGGGUCCGCACACGCGCCGACAUCCCGCUCGAUACGCUGCUGUCCAACGACACGACGGGGAUGCGUGAGGAUGCGUUCUCCAGCGGUGCGCAGAUCAUGUCGACCGAUUUCCAGGCCUACGGCAUGAGCAGCCGCUGGAACGUCGACUAUGCCGCUCGCUUCGAAGGUGGUGCGGCGGUGCGAUGCAACCCCAUCAAUGGGCCCGCCAAUUGCGCGAACGAGGCGUUGGAGCCGGUUUCGUAUGUCCGCAACUAG